AUGCCUAGCGCGCUGGUUGGUCGACGCUUGUCUAUCUUGGCUCUGGGCGCCACUUCAAAAAUCUCUCCGCACGGGGGAAGGUGUGGUGGUGUGGUGGCUAUUGCUUCUGUUUUUACCACUGUUACGGCAGACUGCAAGAGGCACUCCGCCAAAACCGUUCUUUCUAAUAGACCUACGGCUACUAUAAAUUUUAGGUAUUAA